AAUAAAAGGAGGAGAUUGGUGGAAAAGGGCAGAAUGGCCGAAGCAAAUAUCCCUGAAACAAACCCUGAUACAAAUUCUGAAAAUACAAUGGAAGAGGAAGACAAUGCCAUGCAAAAAUUCUUGGAGAAAUCACGAAGUGAGCUGAUGUACGAGCUUCGUAGGAUCCAACAUGGCGACCGUCCAGUUACGGGUCAAGGUCGAAAGGAACAAGUAGAUCAAUUCUUUGCUAAACGAAUACAAGCCUCUGCUUCUGCAGAAAACGUCCCAAGCAAUGUUGACAAUGUGGAAGAACAUCGUCCAGAAGCCGUAGUAGUCGAGGUGCAAGGAUUGUAUGAGCAGCAUCGGGUUUCUCAGAUGCUUCAAUCGCAGCAAUUCAGACGUCAACUUGAGAAUAUCAUACGUGGUAACAUUACGACUGCUCCUCGCCAACAACCAGUACCCCAACCUAGACGCAGAGCCCAGCCUCGAGACAGUGCACCACCUAUUUCAGAAAGAGAAGACAACUCAGAUGAUGACAGCGAUGCAGAAUACUUGUCCGCUGACGAAGAAAGUCCCUCAGCCUCACCAAGGACAGAAGCUAGACCACAACCGCCAACCACAGCAGUACAACAGUCUACCAACAGAGACAAUACUUCUCCAAGAAGUUCAUCCCCUGCCGUGGCGAGGGCUAGUGCUACCAGAGCGGAUGUUCAAUCAGCUAUGAACUCACCAAUAUAUGAUAUUCGUUCAAUUUCCCAAACUCAUCAAAACGACCUGAUUGAUGACAUUAGAGAGUUGGUUCAUCAGGGGAUUGUGUCGUCUACAUUAGAAGGUGCUUUCAGAACAACUCUAGAAGUCACCAUGCAGAAUCGUGUUCCUGAAAACGGAGCCGAAGUUGCUGAAAUCAUCCGAUCACUUGAGCCCACUGGUAUCAGACGAAAUGAUUUUAGAAUUUUGGGAAUCGGCAAUCCAGCUGAUGACGUGUCUGAUGAUAUUUCUGUUACCAGCUUCACAGCUCAAGCUGUACCUUAUGAUCAUAGUAAUCUGAAACUAAGUAGAGAACUGUCCAAACUGCGAUCUGAGAUGGAGGAGAUGAAGAAUAUGUUAAAAUUAAGUUUUGAACUACAAACAGACAUCCAGAGAGCUAUCAGACAGGAAGUCGCUGCUGCCAUCAAUAAUGCUCAAGGAGCAUCAGCAAUUCCUGUCUCAACACCUAGCAGACCCGUCAUGGAUGACAAAUGUGUUAUUUGUGUGGACAACUUCUCCGAUGUAGUACUGUACCAGUGUGGCCAUAUCUGCCUCUGCUUUAAAUGUGGAAAAGAUUUACAGCGCAGGGGGUUGAACUGCCCGGUCUGUCGAGCUCCUAUUAAAGAUUUAAUCAAAGCAUAUAGAUGUAAUAAGGUUUCUUAGUAAGCAAUUAUUCUUAGGUUAAGCACAUAGCCACCCCUUUCACUGUAUAUUAUUUUGGAGAGCUGUUAACAUGUCGUUCAUAUAUUUAUUUCUAUAAUAAUCGUUGAUGCCAUUUAGAUAAAAGGUUUGGUGAGCUUCAAGUCAUAUUUCUCUAGAUUACUCAUACCGCAAUUUCUAAUAUAUUGUCCAGAUAUUCAGACAUGGGAGAAACCAGUGAAGAUAGGAAUAAAAGAGUGAAAUUUCCUAGUUUGAGGUAGAUUUGAAGUAUAGUCUUAAUACUUCUGGUGUACUUCAUAUAUUUAUGUUUAAGACUCAAAUCAAACCCCCGUUUUUCACCUGCGCUUAUUACAUUAGGUGUCCUGAUAUUAUCUUAAUUUUUUUCGUCAUUUCCUAAAUAUUAAAACAUAAACCUUCUUCUCCUUUUAUUCAUUAUCAUUCACUUCUAAGAUGACUUGAGUUAUCUCCUCUUUAACACGAGAAUUGUAUGGGACAUAUGCUGUGUGCGCUGACAAUUUCAUGUGAGCGUAAUCUUUAUGUAAAAUUAGGAAUUGUUCCAGCGAUUUAAAGUGUCCAAUGGAAUUAUCCCUGAAUGAUACAUUGACUUUUAUAUAAAUGAUAAUACUCUUUCUGGUAUUUUUUCAACCUUUUAUUUUAUGUAAUUUUGUUUAUAUUAGUGCAAUUUGUAAAUAUUAAAACAUGUUUGUAUUAUAACUUAUGCUUGAAUGAAAUAUUUCCUAUAAAUUAAUAUAAUUUGUUUUUAGUAAAUCAUUUAUAGAGGAAUGCUUUGUGAAUAUAUUAUUAUAUUAAUGUACUUUUGACGCAAACAAUAUUUCAAUAGUGCCCUGCACAUUAUACCAACAGCUUGACAUUUGUAGAAAGUGUAUGUAAAAUGUAUUCUAGUCUACACUACAACUGGUGAGCGCUGCACCAUUUUCUCUGUGUGCGGGUGCCUUUAUUGAGUGAUUUUUAUGAGACAUGGCCGUAGAUAAAUUGUAUGGAAGGCG